GUAGCAGCCCCCAAGAUGGCGCUGGCAGACCCUGAGGUCAUGGAUGUGGAGAUGCUGCGGGACUGGUGCAGGUGGAUGAACGUCAGCUUCCGCAGGAGUCUGCUCAUCCUGGGCAUCCCAGAGGACUGUAACGACGCCCAGUUGCAACAGUGCUUGGAUGGCUCCCUGUCGCAAAUGGGCAAGUUUGAGGUGCUGGGCAGAGUGUUUCGAGAGGAGGACGAUGCCUUUGCAGCUCUGGUGAAUCUGGAGAAUGAAAUCAAUUAUGCUUUGGUUCCCAGGGAGAUCCCAGGCAUCGGGCGUCCCUGGAGCGUGGUCUUUGCGCCCCGAUGCACAGGCGAGGACUUUCUGGGUCGCCUAUUCAACUUCGUGGAGCAGCAGGGGCAGACUGUAGAGAGCAUAGCCGGGGCCUUGGGGCUGGGACUGCAAAAGGUGUGCUGGCUGAGGUCUUUCAGUCGGGCCAUCCAGCCCUGGGUGGAGACAGUGCAUUAUCAGCCCCUAGGGGUGUUCUCUGGGAGGGACCCGCCAGCCCCGGGGGAGUUGUCCUUCGAGCCCUGGCUAGACCAGGCCACUGAAAUGCUGCUGGUGUGGGAAGGGGUCUCGGAAAGGGAGAAGAGUAGGAGGCUAACAGAGGGCCUCCGAGGGGCGGCCCUGCAGGUGGCAUACGAUGUCCUGGCAAGUCACCAUGUCAGGACGGUCCAGCAAUGCCUGGACGCCCUGUUCCAUGUGUUUGGAGAACGCGAGUGUGAGGCCAGCCUGCGGCUCAAGUGUGUGACCGCUGAGCAACAGCCAGGAGAGACUCUCACCGCUUUCGUGUUGCGGCUGGAAGGCCUGCUGCAGAAAGCCCUUCGGGCGAAGGCCCUGGACGAGCUCUCAGUUGACCACUUGCGUGCAAGGCAGUUGCUCAGCGGGGCCCAACUUAUUCGGAAAAUGGAAAAGAUCCUGACUGAUAAGGUCUCAAAGGGGAGGUACCCAGGUUUCGAGGACAUUGUUGCGAUGGCUCAGGAGUCUGAGCGAAUGAAGGGCAUAGCAGCCAAGAAGAUGCUGAGAGAACAGCAGGAACAAGAGGCUGCUGCCAAGGCCACUGCCCAGGUGGAUGCCAGAGCCAAAGCUCAGGCCGAGGGUGACAAGGUGGAGGAGAAGCAGCGGGAGCAGGAGAAUAGUGAUAACCAUGCCCGGGCCCCUGCGGGCCUGGGUCAGAAAGAGCUCUCAGAGGCCUCCGGCGGCCCCCUGCCUGACCACAUGGGCAGCGCUUCCUUGGCAGGUCCAAGAGAUCCUGACUCUGUGCUAGGGCACCUGGUCCAGGCGCUAGACCAGGAGGCCGAGGAGCACUACCAGGAGGGGCUCAAGCCCAUCCUGGAGGAGUCGGAAAGUGAGGACGGGCCUGGGGAGCUGAGCCCCUCUAUGCCCUCCCCUGGCAAAUAGGCUCAUGAGGCCAGGGCAACCUCCUCACCCCACAUGGGGAGCAGGGCCCAGGGAAGGGCCCACCCAGCCCACUCCAAAUCCCUUAUUUCCCCAACAUCCUACGGGGCCCUGACCACCUCCAUCAGCCCUCCAAGUCACCAAGAUGACCAUGUUUGACACCCAAUGGGAUGGGGAGAGGUGCCUACACAAGGGAGUGCCACGCCUGGCCUCAGCCCCUGCCCAGCCUCUGCCAACUUGGGCAGCUGGCCUGGGAGCACCGCUGAGCAGCCCAUCUCAGCCUAGGAGAGGGGCACCUGAAGACAUCUGCCACCCGCGUGGAACUGGGAGACUUUGGAGCCCAUCUCGGGUGCCACUCUUGGGGACCCCCAUCCUCCAUCCCCUGGGGGGCCCCAAGUCAUUUCUCUAUAGCCCCAUAGGGACCCACGUGCCAAGUAAUCAUCCUCCCACCACCCCACAAACAGACCAUGAGUCUGUGCAGUACCACUUGGUGUGUGUGAACCCAGGUGGGUGUCCUGGCCUCCCCCCCGACCCUGCCCGGGGCAGCCACCUCUCAGCCCCGGCACAUGCUGUGAGCCCCACUGCCAGCCACGGCUCUGCCAGCUCUCGUCCAGUGUCGUGAGCUCAGCCUCUGCUUUCUCAGUAUAGAUUUAGGCCAACUGCUGCUUGUGCUUGUGAUGUGUGUGUUCUUCUCUGAGCAGUUUUUCCCUCCCCACCGCCAACAUCACCCACCUCGGAGACCCCGAGCCCGAGCCCAGAAGAACGGAGGAGAAGGGCGGACCAGGGCGCGUCUGGCGCUCACCCGGUGACCUGUGGCAGGAAAAAAUGGACCAGGGACAGAAGGCGGCUCCUGGAGGCUCCACGGGGACUGUGCUCUGAUAUGCCACCCUGUUGUUCCCUGUGACUCAGUUUCCUCAGCAUGCUCGAGUGUCCCCUGCUGUGUUUCCCAGUAUCUUGUGUCUGUUCAGUGCAGGCCACAGGGUAGGGCCAGGUCCCAACAUGUCGUCCAGAGCCGGGGGGGCGGGGAGCCCUGGAGUGAGUGGACAUCACCUGUGUCCAUGGUCCUACAAAGUCCAGCCAAAGGGCCCUCAGGGAGGGGCACUAUGGAAGGAGGGCCACAGUGUGGGGGACAUUUAAGGCUCCUCAUUAGGGACCCCAGGAGCAGGGGGUGUGACCUAUGGGCUCUAGUGGCCGUUGAAGUUCCUCUCUGUGUUGUAAUUCCCCUUCUUCAAUGGAUUCAGUAAAUGUUUCUCUUCAAUAAACAUCAUUGAAUGUU